AUGGCGGCUCUCUGUAGUGAGUUUGAGGACCUGGUACAGAUCAAGAAACAGCUAAUAUCGGUGAUAUCGCUUUCUAAAGAAAGAGGACUCUUACACAGCUCCAAGUGGACUUCUGAAUUGGCCUUUGCUUUGGACCCUCUUCCCAAAGAUGAAUUACCUCCGUCCCAUCCUUUCACUGAGGAAGAUGCACAGGACCUGGAUGCACUUACGCUGGCCAAAUCCUACUUUGACCUGAAAGAGUAUGACCGAGCUGCUUACUUCCUGAAAGGCUGCUGCAGCCAGAAGGCUUAUUUCCUCUAUAUGUAUUCUCGCUAUCUGUCAGGCGAGAAAAAAAAGGACGAUGAGACUGUGGGCAACCUGGGUCCACUGGAGAAAGGUCAGGUGCGCAAUGAAGCCCUGCGAGAGCUGAGGGUUGAGCUCAGUAAGAAACACAACGCAGGAGAGUUGGACGGCUUCACCCUGUACCUGUACGGGGUGGUGCUGCGAAAGCUGGACCUGCUGAAGGAGGCGGUGGAGGUGUUUGUUGAGGCUAUUCACGUGCUUCCUCUUCACUGGGGAGCCUGGCUGGAGCUCAGUAACCUCGUCACCAACAUUGAAAUGCUGAAGUCUCUGUCCCUGCCAGACUGCUGGAUUAAAGACUUCUUCAUGGCGCACAUGUACACAGAGCUGCAGAUGAUCAAAGAGGCGCUGCAGAAAUACCAGAACCUCAUCGAGGCCGGCUUUUCUAAGAGCACCUACAUCAUCUCACAGAUUGCCGUCGCCUACCACAACAUCAGAGAUAUUGACCAAGCUUUGGCUCUCUUCAACGAGCUAAGGGAGCAGGAUCCUUAUCGCAUCGAUAACAUGGACACAUUCUCCAACCUGCUCUAUGUCAAAAGCAUGAAGCCAGAGUUGACGGCUACUCUGGCCCACACCUGGUGGAAGAUCGACAAUCAGGGUGGAGAAUGCUGCGUUAUCGGUAACUAUUAUAUAGCUUCCGCUCUCCAGCAUGAGAAGGCGGCUCUGUACUUCUCCAGCCGGGCCCUCAAACUGAACCCUCGAUGCCUCGGGGCCUGGACCCUCAUGGGCCAUGAGUACAUGGAAUAUGAAAAAACCACUUCGGCGGCCAUCCAGGCCUACAGGCAUGCCAUUGAAGUGAACAAGCGGAACUACCGUGCCUGGUACGGUCUGGGUCAGACGUACGAGAUCCUCAAGAUGCCUUUUACUUGUUUGUACUAUUAUCGAAAAGCUCACCAGCUCAGGCCCAAUGACUCGCGUAUGUUAGUCGCACUCGGGGAAGAGCUACGCAAAAACUGAACACAGCAAUUUUGAAGCAAAGAAGUGUUACUGGAGGGCAUACUCUGUUGGAGAUGUAGAGAAAAUGGCUCUACUCAAGUUGGCAAAGCUCCAUGAACAGCUGAAUGAGGUCUGAUGAACGCUGCCCAGUGUUACAUGCUUUACAUCCAAGACAUUUUCUCCUGU